CAAUAUUGUAAAUGAGAGUUUGUAGAAUCGUAUUUAAUUACGAAAGCGCUGGGAAUUCCAUCAUCAUCUCAAGUGUCUUUACGAAGGAGGUAUUGUUGUGUUUUAAGCAGUUAGCACCAUUUUCAAAGCCAGUUAUUUAAAAAUUCAACUUUAACAGUUUUCAUUUAGAUAAGCUCAAUUCAGGGUUCUAUUUUAUUUUAUUAUAUCAAAAAAUAUUCUAAAGCACAUAAACAUUUCGAAAUGAGUGGUUUUUAUAAAGGAGUUGGUGCUGAACAAGAGACGCUGUAUACUAGUGCUGACAAAAAAUUGAUGCGAAACACAAAGUUUCCACCUAGUUUUGGUACAAAGGUGGAUAUGAAACAAGUUAAUAUUGAGGUACUAAAGCCGUGGAUAGCUAAUCGGUUAAUUGAACUUAUAGGAUUUGAAGACGAGGUAGUGAUCGAUUUCGUAUAUAGCAUGCUAGAAGAGGCUGUUGAAGCAUCAAAAAACACCGAUUCCCAUAAUGAAUCGACUUUAGAUCCUAAAAAAGUUCAACUUAAUCUUACAGGAUUCUUGGAAAGCAAGGCACCUGAAUUUGCGGAAGAGCUAUGGUUAUUAAUAUUAUCGGCUUCUCAAAAUCCUUAUGGGAUUCCUGAGAAAUUCAUUCAGCAGAAGAAAGAAGAGCUUUCUAAACUUCGGAGCCAAAGAGAUGUUUCGGAAUCUGAAGUCAAGAAAGAGAUUGACCGCUCUUUACAUCCUGCUGAAGAACGUACUUCUAGAGAAGAUAGACAUUGGAACAUUAGAGAAAGCUCCGGUCUGCGACCGAGACGUGAACCUCAAAGUUUUUCACGAAGAGAACAUCGCCGAAGAUCAUCCUAUGAGAGAGAAAGGUCACCACGUAGACACCGCAACAAUAGACGCGAAGUGGACUCCAAUGAGCGGUUCUACACAGACAACAAUAAUACACGAAGCUAUCGGUCUUCCCGUCAUCCAAGGAGCAUUCGUAAUAGACAUGAUGAAUUUGAUGAAUUCGGAAGAUCGAGACCUUCUGAAAGACGGGAAACUGACUACUAUUCCAAAAGAAAUCGUAGUCGUUCACCCUAUGAGAGUGAAGAAGAAAGGUUUUCUGAGAGAUAACUUUUUGAUUUGAGUUUAUGGAAAGCUAUAGGACAAUGUUAUGAUUGACUUCUUAGAGGCCGUAUUUGUAUUGCGCUUACUGUGAGUAUGGUGACGAUUUAUGAAUUAAAUAAGGCAUAAAACUAUCUAUACUAUGAUUGAACUAGAUUAGUAGUAUCCAUUGAUAUCCAUUAUACUGUUACUUGACCUUUGAAUACUGCUCGGAGU